AUGGCAAAUAGGAAUGAGAGGUUGUCAUGCGACCCGGAUGACGACCGGCGCUGUCUCGCGUCUAGGGCGAGCAGUGUGAAAUUGGCGACAGGGCACGUAGAUGUGGAUCUCUGGGCAUCGCGUGUGAAAUGUACUACCAGAAGUCAUGGUCAUGUUCGAGGAAGAGAAGUGAUGCCAGCUAGAAAUCAAAUGCAGAUUGCCACAUGGAACAUCCGAGGUGCAAAACAAGUAGGCAAGUUGAAAAUCAUCCUAAACGAAAUUUCUAGGUGCACUGUUAAUAUUUGCGGGUUGUCCGAAACACAUUGGAAAGGCAACGGUCAUUAUAAAAGUGAGAAUUACACUAUAUACUACUCAGGACAAGAAGACGGGAGCAGCAAUGGUGUUGCUUUUGCUGUGUCAGACAAAAUAAACAAAUAUGUAGUCGGCUACGAGGCAGUAAGCUCACGAAUUAUAACAAUGCGUUUAAGCUGCAAACCGUGCAAUCUGAAUCUUAUACAAAUACAUGCUCCAACUACAGAUGCAGAUGAUGGUGAGAUAGAAGGGUUUUAUACCUCAUUAGAAACAGUUUUUUCUCGUUUUUCAUCUAAAGAAGUUACAAUAAUUAUGGGAGAUUUUAAUUCAAAAAUCGGCGAAACAAUACAGGACAAUCAUAUACGCAGCACGGUUGGCAAGUACGGGUUGGGAAUACGUAAUGAAAGAGGAGAAAGGUUAAUACAGUUCUGCCUGGAUAAUAAUUUAUCUAUCUGUAACUCUCUUUUUCAACAACGCCGCCUCUAUACAUGGACAUCUCCAAAUGGUAUACACAGAAAUCAAAUUGAUUACAUUCUUAUUAAAAACCGUUGGAGGAGUUCAAUUCUGUCAACCAAAACACUACCCGAAGCUGAUUGUGGAUCCGAUCAUCAACUUCUGCAAUCAACAUUUCGAUUGAAACUAAAAGUACCCAAUAGGAAAGUAACCCGUGUCGUGCCACCACUGAUAAACAACGAGGCUUUUCGUGAAAGGCUAGAAAAUGAACUAAAUAAUCAACAAUCGGUUACUAGCAGCAUACAAACCUCUACAUAA